GUUUCUUGCUUAGCACCCAAAACGUAUUCUCUCUGGUGUUCUCGGCGGAGCAUAACUAUAUUAAACCGUCGGAUUACUUCUUCUGAGUUUCAGGUAAUGGCGUCAUCGGCAAUGGUCCUCGACCCCAAAUCUGCACCAGAGCUUCCUCCGUCGAUCCCAGCAGUGGGAUCCGACCUCCAGAAAGCCUUUGCGGACCUUUCCAAUGGCGAUGAAGACGACCUCUACAGCCGACUUAAAUCCCUUCAGCGUCAGCUCGAGUUUAUUGAUAUUCAAGAAGAGUAUGUUAAAGACGAGCAGAAGAAUUUGAAACGUGAGCUCCUUCGUGCCCAGGAAGAGGUCAAGCGGAUCCAAUCGGUUCCGCUCGUCAUCGGUCAGUUCAUGGAAAUGGUCGACCAGAACAAUGGUAUCGUGGGCUCCACCACUGGCUCUAAUUACUAUGUGAGAAUUCUUAGCACCAUUAAUAGGGAGCUUCUGAAGCCCUCUGCUUCAGUCGCUCUUCACCGGCAUUCCAAUGCCCUUGUGGAUGUGUUGCCUCCUGAGGCUGAUUCCAGUAUUUCUCUGCUCAGCCAGUCCGAGAAACCUGAUGUCACAUACAAUGACAUUGGAGGAUGCGACAUUCAAAAGCAGGAAAUUCGUGAAGCAGUGGAGUUGCCACUGACUCACCAUGAACUGUACAAACAAAUUGGAAUAGAUCCCCCUCGUGGUGUCUUGCUUUAUGGCCCUCCUGGUACUGGGAAAACCAUGCUUGCUAAGGCUGUUGCUAAUCAUACAACUGCGGCUUUUAUUAGAGUUGUUGGCUCCGAGUUUGUUCAAAAGUAUUUGGGAGAGGGGCCCCGUAUGGUUCGUGAUGUUUUUCGCCUUGCUAAGGAGAAUGCCCCAGCAAUUAUUUUCAUUGAUGAGGUUGAUGCUAUAGCUACUGCUAGGUUUGAUGCUCAAACUGGGGCUGACAGAGAAGUUCAACGAAUCUUGAUGGAACUUCUGAAUCAGAUGGAUGGGUUCGACCAGACAGUGAAUGUUAAGGUAAUAAUGGCAACAAAUCGUGCAGACACUUUGGACCCUGCACUACUUCGUCCUGGAAGACUUGACCGAAAAAUUGAAUUUCCAUUGCCUGAUAGACGGCAAAAGAGGCUUGUUUUCCAGGUUUGCACCUCUAAAAUGAAUCUCAGUGAUGAGGUAGACUUGGAGGAUUAUGUUUCUCGGCCAGACAAAAUCAGUGCCGCAGAGAUUGCAGCAAUUUGCCAGGAAGCAGGCAUGCAUGCGGUUCGGAAGAACAGGUAUGUCAUACUCCCCAAGGACUUUGAGAAAGGUUACAGAACCAAUGUGAAGAAGCCCGAUACCGACUUUGAAUUCUACAAAUGAAGAGUGAAGCACUUGCUGAAAAAAUUUGAAUUUGCUCUUGAAUGUGAUUCUAUAUGGGAUAGGCAGUUGCUGGAGAUUCACCCGUUUUUGAGUCCUUGCAACUUGCUUGAUAGCUCAUAGGAACAGAUAUAGUGUCAUGAACAGUUCCUCCUUUUCCUAUGUGGGUGUUUUCUAUGGAUUCCUCAUAUGCCACAUUAUCUAACUUCAACUCAUUCUGUUUUCCCCUUUA